CAGUUUCUACUAUUUUUGCAAUUGAAGAGAACUUCUAUAGUGGCAGUUGCUAUAAACAAUCAAAAAAGCAGAAAAUGCUUCUUGCCUUCUUCAUCGCCCUGCUCAUUCCAAGAGCACACUCAACGACAUUGACUUUUAGUCAAUUUCAAGAACUUCACAGCAAGACAGCCGAUAUGACAUCAAUGAAAGUGUGCUGGAUGCUUGGUGGAGACAUUCUUCCAGUGGACGCCAACAUUCCUGAAAAAGGACACAAAUGCACUGCGACGGUUGACAGAUGGUCCUCAAAUGCGAAGGAUGCCAAGGAAGCGUGUGCCAGUCGGAUCCCGUACCACAUCGAUUCAGCGCAGUAUGGAACUAAGACGCAGUGCACUUUUCUAAUCAACUUGGCAUGUGCAGAAGAUCACUGGCAAAUCCACGGAAAGUGCUACCGACUUCACAACGGAAAGUACACUUGGGCCCAGGCCAAGGCUAUCUGUCAGACGGGGGUUGGAGAUGAUGUCAAAUCUCAAGUCGCAAUAUUCUAUUCGGAGGCCUUGAGCAUCUACUUGAACGAUAUGGAGAACAUCGGUGCUGCCUGGGUGAAUGUUCCGAACCUCAACGACUACUUCACGAAUCCUAACAAUGAUCAUGGUGGAGUGUACAUUCAAGGUGCAGCUUACAAGUAUGACACUCGUCAGGGAAGUAUUAUGAUGUUCAAAGCUGAGUCGAAGCAUCAAGUGAUCUGUGAGUACACACCUCCAACGACAAUGGCUGAGAUGUUCCAUCUGGCGAAGGUCUACGCACAGAUCUACCCGAUCGGAGUGUACUCUCAUGGAGCCGUGUUCCCGACAAGUAGCUAUGUCAGAAUCACCCAAACUGACAUCAUCGCUUACAAUGGAAAGUUCACGGAUAAGUACGGAAACGAAGUGGAGAAGUUUGAUGCAAGUGGCCUCGAGAAGAAGUGUGCAAGCAUCGGAAAUAUUCUGAAUGUGAAGAGCUAUCCAGUGUCCGGUCACGCUGAUGAUUUCAAUGCUAUGAAGAGUCUGCUCAAGGGUCAUCAAUGCUAUUUGACGAGUUCUUACAAGAAUGAUGGUUUCAAGAAAACGGACUACCGAGCAAAGAGCGGCAAUAACAGCUUGGAGGGGGGAAUCUUCGAGGGAGCAUCUUCCGAUGAGUACUGUAACGCACAUAGUCUCAGUAUGAGUACAACCGAACGACUUCCGACGAUGGCUGCUACAGGAGCAUGUGCGCUCUGUGCAAUGCACCAGAUUCAUUAUGAGUACGGGCCAUGUCCUGAUAAGCCAGAUUGGAUUGACGAGGUGUAUCGUUUCGAGCGGCCGUCUCGCGUCUUUUGUCAUUACAUCAAUAACCAUGAAGUGGAGACUCGUGCGGAUGCAGUGGUCAGGUGCGAAUCAUUCGGUGCGUCUCUCAGUGGAGUCGAUUCAGAUCCGGAAUUUCAGGGUCUUGCACAGAAACUGAGUCCAAAAUACCCGCCAGGCAAUACGGUCGAUAUUACACCUCACAGCCGUACGGUAUAUUUUGGUGAUGCCAAUAAAGGUGCCAUUCGAAUUGACGAUCAUUACUGGCUUGGCGGAAUCUCCCCAUGUGAGACCGACUGUUCAGGUGGGCCGACUGGUGUGCGGGAGGCGAGUUGGGAUGCUGGUGUGGCGGUCAAUACAACAUUCCUGAACAACUACAAUCAUGAUGGACAUCCGUGGAAUCUGCUACCAGUGACGCAAUACGUGUCAUUCCGAAACGACUUCAAUGCUUUUCAUAUUCAUCCACUAGAUCACUAUUACACUAAGAAUGGGUCAAUUGUGCACUACGAAAAAAUGUUCUUCGUGUGUGGAAAAUCAGCACAUCUGACGCAAUCGACUACGAUCAAAAGUGCUCUCCAACAAACCAGUACAUAAUUGUGAUCGAGAUUUGAAUAAAUUUGUUUUGUGAAG